GAAUUCCAAAGUUUUAAAGGCAGAGAAGAGAAAGAAGUCAACUUUGGACAAGCCAAGCCAAGCCAACAACAACAAAGAGAUAAUAAAAGAGAAAGAAUGGCAUUGUCAGUAGCAGCAUCAGCCACCGCUUCAGUCACGGCCUCCAAACUCUAUGGCUCCACCUCCCACUACUCUCGGCGGCUAAGCCCACCAAACAAAGCCAUGGCUUCCACCACCACCAUAACCAAAGCCUCUUUCUUCGUCACAGCUCUAAAACAAGACAAAGAUACCAAUGACAGAGCUUUUACCUCGAAGGUGCAGGAUUUGGCUUAUUUGGGGAAAUUGGCAACUGGGUCUAUCGUAGGUGCUGGUGUAAUCAAGUAUGGAAGCAUAGUUUUCCCAGAAAUAACCAAACCCAAUCUCACCCAAGCUCUUUUCAUCAUACUUUCUCCUGUUAUUAUAGCUGUUUUGCUUCUAAUCAAUCAAAGUCGCAAAGACAAACCAAGCUAGAAACUUUUUCUCUUUAAUGAGCUCAUUCUGUAAUGUGUAUUGGAGUAAGAAAACACUAUGUUUCUAUUCAAAAUUUGAAUGCAUAUAUAUCAAAUUAUCAAAUGAUGGCUAUUUAGUAUAGUUCGCUUGUUGGGUUUCUAAGAUUUACAAGUUACAAAGACAAAUAUAAAUAUAAAAAAAAAUA